AUGAAUAUGGCACAAGGAUAUUUUGCGAUUCCAGAAGCAAAUGGAUUCGGCGUCUAUUGUUUUCCGCUGAGCAGACAGAUUUCCAGAGUCAGACGGCAUCGAACGCACAUUUUUGAUAAAAGCAGACAUUACAGUAACAACUUACAACCACACUCGCGAAUUGAAGAAAACAGCUUACGAAUCUUGAGUGGCAGCCGCCAACACUCUCAAAAUUACUGCCGGCUAAUCGCCGCAGCCUCAUUUCACGACCACUUUGAGUUCAAUUCUAGUGACCGCAGCUGCUCCCUGUUGCGUAAAAGCAGCUCAAAAGACAUUCUGUAA